AUGGAUGGAAUCACAGCGGCAGCGGCGGCUGCGGCGCGCGCGAGCCGAGUGUGAGCGGAAAGGGGCCUGACGUCUGCCUCGGGGCUGAAAACCGAUAAGGCCGAGCAUGGAGGGGCUGCUGCACUACAUCAACCCAGCACACGCCAUCUCUCUCCUCAGCGCCCUCAACGAGGAGCGGCUCAAGGGGCAGCUGUGUGACGCACUCCUGAUCGUCGGUGACCAGAAGUUCCGAGCUCAUAAGAACGUCCUGGCUGCCAGCAGUGAGUACUUCCAGAGCUUGUUCACCAACAAGGAGAACGAGGCACAGACUGUAUUCCAGCUGGACUUCUGUGAGCCAGAUGCUUUCGACAAUGUGCUCAACUACAUCUAUUCUUCAUCUCUGUUCGUGGAGAAGAGCAGCCUGGCUGCCGUGCAGGAGCUCGGCUACAGCCUGGGCAUCUCCUUCCUGACCAACAUUGCCUCCAAGACACCCCAGGCCCCCUUUCCCACGUGUCCCAACAGAAAGAAGACUAUCACCGAGGACGAGGAGAACAGUUCUCAAAAGAGAAGUGUCAUCGUUUGUCAGAGCAGGAACGAAGCCCCCGGGAAAGCCGGGAGUCAGAACACCUCUGAGCUGAGCCACCCUCCCCGGCCCUCCCCCAGCAUCGCGGUCAAGGCAAACGCCAGUAAGCCCCCCGGCCCCAAACCCACGGAGCCCCCGCACCACGUGGCGCCAGCUGAAAAAAGCUGGCCGAAAGAUGGCCCCGCGGUUCUGGCGAGGCCGCCGGAGCUCGCCGGGCCUUCGGAGGAGCCAAGCCGGAGCGGCCUGGCCAAGCGGGCCGCGGCACCGCCUUCGAAGCCCCCGCUGGACCGGGCGGCCGUGGAUGAAAGGCCAGGCGCCAGCGCCCUGCUCCCCAAAGGCGUGGCCGUGGAGCUGGCGCUGCGGAGCCCGCGGCCGCCCGUCCUGUCCCUGCGGGGCUCGCCCGAGACGCCCUUCCUGCUGAAGGAGGCGGGCCGGGGCAGCGGGCCGGGCGAGGACCGGAACCUGCUGUAUUACUCUAGGCUGGGGCUGGUCAUCCCAGCCGGGGCACCAGCGCCGGGGGCCCAGGGAGUGGACCGCAGCGGCCCGCUUGUCAAGAGCCUCCUGCGCCGGUCGCUGUCCAUGGACAGCCAAGUCCCCGUGUACACGCCCACUGCCGAGCUGCAGCCUCCCCCAGGCAAGGGCUCGGGCGAUGUGGCGGGCAGCGUGCUCUGCGCCUUCUCUUCUCAGAGGCCGCCCUCCAAGGAUGGGGGCGAAACGGCGGCCCCCGACGCCCGGGCCCCUGCCCCUCAGCCUCACCGCCUCAGGUCCUUCAGCGCCUCUCAGCCGGCUGAGCGGCCGGGGGCACCCCCGGGGCCGGAGGUGCGGGUCAAGGCCGAGCCGCGCAGCCCCCCAGAGCCAUGCGACAUCAUUCGCGUCACCGUGGGGGAUGCCGCGGCCGCCACGAGAGACCUGGCCCUACAGACAGAAGACGACCGGAAAGACCCCAGCAGACUCCCGGCUAAGAGGCGGUUCCAGACAGACAGGAGGCUGCCGGCCAAGCAGCCCAAAGCUGAGAGCCCAGGCUCCCCGGGCUCGGGAGACCCCCGCAAGGAGGGCUUGAGCCCAUCUGCCCUCCAGGCCGACUUCCCAGGCUCUGACUUGAACAAAGACGAAUUCGGUGAGUUGGAGGGCACGAGACCAAACAAAAAGUUUAAAUGCAAACAUUGCCUUAAAAUCUUUAGAUCCACGGCGGGCCUGCACCGGCACGUGAACAUGUACCACAACCCUGAGAAGCCGUACGCCUGCGACAUCUGCCACAAGCGCUUUCACACCAACUUCAAAGUGUGGACGCACUGCCAGACGCAGCACGGUGUGGUUAAAAAUCCGGCUCCGGCCGCCAGCUCCCACGCUGUCCUGGACGAGAAGUUCCAGAGGAAACUCAUUGAUAUUGUGCGAGAGCGGGAGAUCAAGAAGGCGCUGAUCCUGAAGCUGCGGCGCGGCCGGCCGGGCUUCCAGGGCCCUGGCGGCUCCCCAGCGCAGGUCCUCAAGCGGGGCCUGCGCUCCCGGGCCAAGGGCGCGUAUGUGUGCACGGCCUGUGGGAAGGCCUACCGCUUCCUCUCCCAGCUCAAGCAGCACGUGAAGAUGCACCCGGGGGAGAAGGCCCUUGGGGCUGCCAGGGCCACGCGGCCCAGGGAGCGCGUGGCCCCCGGGGGCGCAGCGGGCGGCCCGGAGCUCUAUCUGUGCCGCCUCUGUAACGCCAAGCUCUCUUCUCUCCUAGAGCAAGGCAACCACGAGCGCCUGUGCCGCACUGCUACCGUGUGCCCCUACUGCAGCCUCAGGUUCUUCUCGCCCGAGCUCAAGCGCGAGCACGAGGGCAAGUGCGAGUUCCGCAAGCUCACGUGCCUGGAGUGCAUGCGCACCUUCAAGUCGGCCUUCAGCAUCUGGCGGCACCAGGUGGAAGUGCACAAUCAGAACAGCAUGGCCCCGGCCGCCGGCACCUCCCCACCCCGGCCUGACCUCAACGGCGAGGCCACCGGCCCUGCCCGGCCCCCUGUCCUGCCCGAGCCUGGCCGAGCCGACCCUGCGGCCACUGCCGCCAAAGAUGACCCCUCGGGGGGCAGCCGCGGCCCUGAGCCUGUGAACUUUGACUCCGAAGAUUCCACCUGCCUCCCCGAGGACCUCAGCCUCUCCAAGCCGCUGAAGAUCCAGGUCAAAGAGGAGCCGCCGGAGGAGGCCGAGGAGGAGGCGCCCGAGGCCGGCGCGGCCCCCAAGGACCUGUGGCCCUGCGAGAAGUGCGGCAAGACCUUCCCGGCACCAAAGCAGCUGGAGCGGCACCAGGAACUGCUGUGCUCCGUGAAGCCCUUCAUCUGCCACGUCUGCAACAAGGCUUUCCGCACCAACUUCCGGCUCUGGAGCCACUUCCAGUCCCACAUGGCCCAGGCCUCUGAGGACCCUGCGCACCGGGAACCCGAGGCUGGCCCGGGCCCCGCCGGCUCCCCGUCGCCGCCCCCGCUGCCCCCACCGCUGCCCAAGAUCCAGCCCCUGGAGCCCGACAGCCCCACAGGCCUGCCCGAAACCCCCACUCCCACCGCCGACAAGCUGUUCGCGCCCCGAGAGUCAGACACGCUGUUCUACCACGCGCCCCCCCUCUCCGCCAUCACUUUUAAAAGACAGUUCAUGUGUAAGCUCUGCCACAGGACAUUCAAGACAGCCUUCAGCCUCUGGAGCCAUGAGCAGACGCACAACUGAAACACUUCUCAACCCUGGAGACAAGCGCUGGUCUCCAGGCUUCAGCCCGAAUCGUGAACUGUGUCAUAAGAAACAACUUAUUUUUUAAAAAAGAAUAAUAAAGGUUGCAGAUUAUUAUGCUUGAAUAUAAGUUUGAGGUAAACUGAUAUUAAUGAGAAAUGUCCUUACUCAACCUAGGAAAACUCCCCAAAGCCUUGUGCUUCUGGACCUUACAGUAAUGCCUUUAUUACUGUGGAAGUUCGUUCUUGGUUGUUUGCAUGGUUCC